CAUGCAGCAAAAAUGGAUGAUUUCUUAAGACUUUACUAAAAUAUUCCCAGAAUUGUUAAUAUAAUUUAAAAAAUAUCUAUCCUUAUGGCCUAUUCAAGGGGUAUUAGGCUACCACCAAUGCCUAAAGUGUCUGAUUURCUAAGAUUGUAUGGCCUYAGUGCGCAAAAACAGCUGAGUCAAAAUUUCAUUCUUGACCUUAAUGUUACAGAUAAGAUCUCCAAAGUAUCUGAUGUAUUUGAUUGCUAYGUKUGUGAGGUUGGCUCUGGUCCUGGGUCAUUAACCAGGUCACUACUGCAUGCUGGGGCAAGGCAUGUUGCCGCUGUUGAAAUUGAUAAACGCUUUUUACCAUCACUUCAGGUUUGUACAUUUAAUCAUGUUUAUGUACUGAGGCAUGCAUUUUACAUCAAACUCUCUUUCCCUUUCAUUGCAGUUAUUCCUGGCGUGCGAAUGGUUGGUAAUCUUCCUUUUAACGUAUCAAUACCUUUACUGCUUCAGUGGCUGGAAGCAAUCCCUCAAAGAGCAGGACCAUUUGCUUUUGGUAGAACACCUCUGUCUCUUGUUUUUCAAAAAGAAGUGGCUGAGAACAUAACGGCCGAUGCAAAAAGCUACAAUCGCUCCCGACUGACCAUCAUGGUUCAAUAUCUCUGUGAAGUGAAAAAGAAAUACAUUUUACCAAGCUCUGUAUUUGUGCCUAAACCAAAGGUCGAUGCUGCUCUUGUCCAUUUGGUUCCACGUGUUGAACCUUUGAUUUCUGUGCCAUUUGCCAUAGUGGAACAAAUUGUYAAAGCUGUGUUUUCAAUGAGACGCAAAUAUAUUCACACGCCGCUUAGACGACUUUUUCCCGACCGUGAGCACCUUGUGGAUGACUURCUACGACUGGCUGAUGUGAACGCAGAACAAAGGGCUCAUGAAAUGACAAUGGAAGACUUUGAUAAACUGUGCUCUGCAUACUUAGAGCUAGCAACGACGUUAAACCUUCCUUUGCAACCACAGAAAAUGAAUAAACCUCGUUUGGUGGCGGACAUGAUGGAAUUCAACGAAGCCAAUGGCAUGGAAUAGUUGUUAUAAAAUUAAUCUAAAUGCAAAAAAAAAAAAAGUGGUUUGGAAAUUUCCAUGGAAUUUUCUUCGCRUAUACGCAGAGUUGGCCGACUCUUUUUGCAGACACAGAAAAUCAGACUAUAAUUCCUGAAUUGGAUGAAGAAAACACCUGGGAAAUUAGCAUGGAAUUUAGUCCUGUGAAUACGUAAAGUUGAAAGCAGCGUUUAAACUCCAUUUUCUCCACAGAAAAUGAUUACACAUCGCUUUUUAACGAGCAUCAAAUAUUCGUCAAAACAAAUGAYAUGCCAUAGAUUUUAAAAGAUUCAAAAGUGGAGAAGAACUGGAAGAUUUCAAUGGCAUUUGCGAACACAAGAAGUUUUCCAUACCCUCCAAUCUAGGCAUAGGAAGCAAGAAAAAUCACAAUAAGGAACACUACUUUGAAUACUGAAUAARAUAGAACGAUAUUAUUUUAUUUAGAGGAAAAAUGAAAGAAAAAAAAAAACUAAACAGAAGAAAAAAAGCGAGUUAACUUUUUUUUGAAUCUCUUUAAUUCAGUGUGAGACAUCUCAGAUAUUUUAAGCUCAUAUUUAUAUUAAAAUCAUCAAACAAACAUUAAUAAAACAAUUUUUUCCUGCUGUCCUAUUGGAUAUUUCACUCUUUCCGUCAAGUAAAACAAAACAACUGAGUCUCUUUUGCAGGUGACCGCGAUUAUUUCCAAACCACAUCGGCAAGCAUUAAAAUAUCAUCAAGAUUGGACCAAAUGUGCUUCUAAUGUCUCAGUUAUCUACUAUGUAGGACGAAGUGGUAUUUUUCGGCGAAAAUUGUACAAAAUGGAUAAAAAACUUUAUAAGUUUGUAUUCCUCUUAGUUUUCCCUCUUUCUGUUUUAAGAAAGACUGUUUAUUCUUCAYUAGUAUCAGAGGUUGGUUUAACUAGAGCUGGUGAUGUUAUUUUUGGAGCGGUUUUUCCUAUAUAUCGCAAAGAUUCCCAAGGCGAUUGCAAGCUUUUCAACAAAGAUGCUUUGCUCUGGAUCAGAGCUUUAAAUYAUGCCCUGGACGAGCUUCAAAACAGCCAAAUUCCUGCUCUCCAAAACACAACUUAUGGAUUCCAUAUUAAGGAUACUUGCACAAGGUCAUCWCUGGAGCAAGCGUUGGAGUUUGUGUACAGUACAAAAUCCAAAGAACUUAAAGAGAACUCAAGCAAAGUCAUAGCUGUCCUUUCAAGUCAUUAUGAGAAAGAUUCAUCCACAUUAUUUAGUCUUUUUGGCAUUCCGAAUAUGAUUUUCAGUGAUUUAAAUGGUGGUGAACUUGGGCCAUAUCCAAAUAAACACAAUUACAAUUUUGAGUCAGUGAAAAUGACUUUUUACCGCACAAAGGCUGUUGUUGGUUUGCUAAAAUACUUCAAAUGGGAUUCAGUCUUUGUUAUAGUUGGUGAGAAAUAUACAAAGGAGUACUUAAUGUUUAAACAACUUGCAGAAAUUGAAGGGAUAUGCAUUGCUGGUACUUCCAAAAGAACCGACGGUUUAUUGGAGAAUAUCAAAAGUAUGAACAUUCGUACUGUUGUGCAAUAUACUGAUGGAAUAUCUAUGCUGGACGCUAUAAGAGAUAUCAUAUCGGUACGUCCAUCACAUUACGUUUGGAUCGACGUCAUAGGUAAUGCUCAAACAAUGACAUCAGAAUUUAUAAUGACUGGCGAGAUUAUCCUCAGUCUCCGGCCGGAGUUUAACUUUCUUAAUGAACUUCGUAAAUAUGUCAAUCCGUAUUGUGAGACAGMCAAAUUGRUUGGUUGCCAGCAAGCGUUGUCAGAGCAAUGUGUGAUUGAUAAGGCAGGCCUCAUUGCUUUGGGAGAAGUCAGCGAGGUCCUCUCUUCAAAAACUAAGGUGUCUCACCACUCAAAGGUUGUAAACUCCAUGCAAGGGGUUUUAAAUGGCGUUUUUACCAUUGGUAAAGCUCUCUCCCGCAGCGCAGAGGCGCAUUGCUUGGGCAAGACAAAACCGGAUUGUCUUCAAUCAAUUUCAGGCAAAGACAUAGCAUCAGAGCUGGAAUUUCUGUCCAGGAAUCAAUUCCUGGAAAGUACCAGCCGCCAGAAACCACUAUUGAAGAAAAAUCUAUUUUCUCUGAUAAGUUACUUUGGCAACGUCUCAAGUCCACGUGAAGUGGGCACCUGGGAAAAUGCUUGGUUUAUCAAUCAUGCUUCAAUCCACUGGCCUGGAGGCCUGUCCAGAUCCCCUAUAUCCACUUGCAGUCCAUCAUGCCCUGCUGGUUUUGUCCAGGUAGCUGAGGAAGGCCGCAAGUGCUGCUGGUCCUGCCAGGCAUGUAAUUAUAACCAGUAUAUGGUCGAUAAUAACACAUGCGCAGACUGUCUGCGCGGCUACUGGCCGUCGAGUGAUUACCGAAGUUGUGAAUUCAAGAUACAAGUUACAUUGAUGUCUUGUGCAGUGGCUUUUUCGAGUGUAUCUGCCGUACUCUACGCCUUAGUUUUAUGAGACACAAGAUAUUUAACAGCAAUUACUACUAUGGCCUCUCAGUGUAAUUUUUUACCCCAUCAAGAUUUCUAGUAUAGUAGCAAUUUUUCUGUAGUAAUUCGCUCAAUAGUUUAUAUAUUUUGGAAGCGACAAAAUAUUUGAUGUCUUAACAAAUAUCUUUAUCAAGUUUUUUCACAAUWAAGUACUUUUUUAUCAAAUUAAAAACCGAAAAUACAGUAAAAUCACUCAACUGACUAAACAUUUUGUCAAAAAGCAACGUGAAAUUGUGUGCUUCUUCGUAUUUAGAAAAACACUUGUCAAUAGAAUUGUGUCAAGAAACUUUCAAUACAUUCUAUUAAAAGUAGUUAGCUGAAAAUAUUUUGUCGUUUCAAAAGYGUACCAUUAGCUAUUAAAAAAAACAAAGCUAAUCUUUAUAUUGCUUUGUUUAUUCGUUGUUUCGAAACCAUACAUUGAACAAUAUUUGCAUUCAUCUGAGUUUUAUAUAUAGUUAGGAAUUUUCAAGCAUUUCAUUUUUAAAGUAAUAAAAUUCACAGACACUUUUCUCGAGUUUCAAACCAUUCCUUUUCGCUUAAAUAUGCAUUGAGUUGUUUUUGAAUAGUUCUAAAGUUCAUCCUUGUGAUUCAGUUGAGGCGACUGUGUGAGAUGGACUCGAUGAACACUUUUUGGCGCCAGCAACAUCAGCAACAAAUAUAUAGUAGAGCCACUGCUAUUCAAACAUGGUUUUUAUAAAUGUUCUGUUCUUUGUUUCACUUGAUUAGCUUAUUUUCAUCCAUGACUGUGCCUAUAAUCCAUAGMCUCACCCAAUAAUAUCCUCGUUUAUUUUUUGACAAUAAGGGAAGAUUCUAAUACCUCAU